AACUCAGUCUUCUCUGCCGCUCCGGCUAGGGUUUUCACAUCCUGCGCCUCGUCUCUCUACUCCAUUCCACUCUGUCUCUUUCUCCGCUUUCUAUAUUUCUCUCCCUAUCGAAGUCGCUCUUAUAGCAGGAUCUCAUCAAUGGGGCUGCACGGCAACUAGGGUUCUGCGGUCGCUACUGGAACUCCUUACUGCUUCGCGCUUCUAUCACUCUAUACGUACACAUACAGAUAGAAAAUGGCGACGACAAACCCGUUUGAUCUACUCGGCGACGAUGACAACGACGACCCGAGCCAGCUCAUUGCUGCUCAGCAACUGAAGCCCGUUCCGGCGUCGAAAACUGCUUCCACUCCCGCUAAGCCCGCGGCUCUGACCGCCAAGCCGGCGAAGCUUCCGUCCAAGCCUUUGCCUCCAUCUCAAGCAGUUAGAGAGGCGAGAAAUGAAAAUUCUCGAGGGGGACGUGGUGGAGGUCGUGGAUUUGGGCGAGGACGUGGUGGAGGUGGAUAUAACAGAGAUUCAACCAAUAAUGAAAAUAACUUUGGGAGCAACAAUGGUUUCUCUGGAGGUUACAAACCUGCAGAAGAUGGUGAUGCAGGGAGAGUUUCUGAAAGACGAGGAUACUCUGGAUCUCGUGGUGGUUUUCGUGGUGGCCGCCGUGGUGAUUUUAGCAACGGGGAAGUUGCUGAAGGUGAACGCCCUCGGAGGAUGUUUGAACGCCGCAGUGGCACUGGUCAUGGGAAUGAAAUCAAACGUGAUGGUGCUGGUCGGGGGAAUUGGGGAACUCCUACUGAUGAAAUUGUUCCCGAGUCUGAAGUGCCUUCCAAUGAAAAUGAGAAGAAUGUGGAUGCUGAGAAGCAACUGGGUCAGGAAGAUGCUGGAGAUGCCAACAAGGAGAAUCCUGUAAAUGAAACUGAAGAGAAGGAGCCAGAGGAUAAAGAGAUGACUCUUGAAGAGUAUGAGAAGGUGCUUGAGGAGAAGAGGAAAGCAUUGCUUGCACUGAAGACUGAGGAAAGGAAGGUCACUGUCGACAAAGAAUUUGAAUCAAUGCAACUACUUUCAAGCAAGAAGAGUGAUGAAGACAUCUUUCUGAAAUUGGGUUCUGAUAAGGAUAAACGGAAGGAGGCUGCUGAAAGAGAAGAGAGGGCCAGAAAGUCUGUCAGCAUCAACGAGUUUCUGAAGCCUCCUGAGGGGGAAAGGUAUUUUGGAGGUCGAGGCCGAGGCCGUGGCCGGGGUCCUAGAGGAGGAUUCACCGGGAGCAAUAUGGCAAACAAUGUGGCAGCUCCAUCCAUUGAUGAUGUUGGGCAGUUCCCGUCCUUGGGCGGAAAGUGAGGGAUUAUUUAUUACCUUAAUGAAUCUAUUUGGUGUUGGCCGUCCUUUGUGAUUCUUCAAGUGCUGGAUGUCAGACAGGAAUAAUGCGUUUUUCCUGUAUUGAAAUUAUCUUAAAACUCUUUUCAAGCCCGUAGAGUGUAAAUUUUAUGUCUUGACUUGCAUGGAUACCCUCUCUUUAUAUUUAGGGCUUUAGGUACCCCUUUUCAUUUUCCUGGAUUAUGUUAUUGCAUCAGUUUUGAUUUCAGAGUCAUUGAGAACAGUUCUGGUUUUCCAUUCAAGUCGGGUUCUGUAGUUUGGCCAUUUUUAUUUGUACCGUGGUUUAAGAAUAGUCCUGAAUUUCCUUGUUUUUUCAA